AGGCAGGUGCAAGGUUUCCCGGGGCAGCCAUCGGCGGGUAACAAUGUAUCCAGCGGGGAUACAGCCCGAGAUCGCCACUUUGCGGGCCCGGUUCUCCCGUCUUUAAGGAGACAAGCCGUCAGCGGGAGCGCGGGUGGAGAGGAGGUGACCUGGGGUGUGGCGGAGAGCAGAAGGAUAAAGCUAUGGCUGUUUUCGGUGUGCCCAUGGUAAGAGACGUUGUGUAAUUCCCGGCCGAGGAGUAGUAGAAACGGGUUUAUUCUCAGUGAAGGCUGGCUGACAAUGAAACUUUUCUUCCCUGGGAGAAAGGGCAAUGCAUCAGCAACAGGGCACCGGGCGCUGCCUGUCUUGCGGGUGGGGAGAGAGGGUGGUGAAGGCAUCACGGGUGGACCGGGCAGCGGGGCGGGAGACAAGCGGAGAAGCCAGAACGGGGACGCGGCUACAGAAGCACGCGUCGCAGGCCACGAGCGCGGAUCCACACGGGAGACUGUAUGUUGGCGCGUGGCAAUGCGCCGUGCAAAGCAGCUGGCUGCGGGCUUCCACCACGCCGCUGGCAUGAGAGCGAAUUGACCUGGCGUGUAACGAGUCUUUGGUAUAAAAAGGGUCAUCGCGCAAGAGCGAAUUGGCACAUACAGAACCGGCAUCACGCGAGGGAAGCCUGUGCUGCGCUCCCUCCCGCAGCUGGGAGCCAAGGCCCCGCAGGUAGAGAACGUGCCAUUCCCCGCACUUCCCCAGCACAACCCCCCCAGAGAAACGAUAGCAUGACUACAGCAUUAAACAAACAGACAAAAAGCAUACUCUGAAUCAGGCGGCAGAGACUUCUGGUCCUGUCCUGGGAGGUUAUGGUACACAGGUUUGGAGAGUGGUCAGGAAGGAAAAGGAAGGUGCCACAUACUCAGCUCAGAGCAGAAAAUACAGAUGGGGCUCUUCUUUUGAGCCCGUCAUCUCGCUUCGAGAGCAGCAGUACAUUAUCAAGGAGACACAGUAUGAUUUUCAAAGAUUUGAGGUACUGAGGUUAAUGGAAAUUGUUCUGGAGCAAACAAAAGGAGGGAGCCUGGCGCGAAGCUGCAGAAGUCAGAGAGACUUGUGCGGACAGGACGGAUACAGGCAUAAGAGAGAGAAAGUCUUCCCAUCUUUCACAUUUUUUACGAAUUGUUUUUGUUUUCCAAGUCAAAUCAAGUCCAAAUCCAUGAGUCAGUCCAGAACCAUACGCGGCCUUACAACCGGCGAACAUCCUCCACCCCACCUGGGGCUUCAGACGUUUCCAAAUCCUUUGACGGACAUCCGACGUGCAGGCCCAAGCCUGGAGGCUCAGGGUUCGGAUGCCCUGGGUUUUGCUUGCCCUCAGCCAUACGGCUGCAGGAGCAGGCUAGGCCUUCCCUUCUUUCACCUGUAUGGACUUUGGCUCCUCUGCCAGUGGUUUCCCUGCUGCUUUUCUGGUCUGGACUCUUCAUCAUCGACCUCUCCUCCCCCACCAAGCUAUGGGGAAACAUUUCCCGUCCUUGCUCUUUGCCUUGGUGAAUGUCAGGCAUGUCUCGUUGUGAGGAAUUCAAAUCAAUCAGCUCCAGUUUGUCUCCAGAAAGUGGAGACCCCAGGCAGGAUUCAGCCCUAGAGCUCGGCCAGGACACCGCAGGACAGGGAAUGGCACAGGGAGGGUUGUCAAUGAAGCAGUCUGCCUGAGACUGCGGGGGAGAGGAGAUCAAAGGUGUUGGAUUUUUCUUCUGAAAGCCCACAAGCCUGUGACACAAACACUGGAAGGGAAAAUUCUUCUGGUUUUCCAAAAGUGUCUCUGGGAAAAACUAAGAGCCCUGGGCGGCUGGCAGGAGUAGAGUGGGGGGUCCCUGCCUCCCCCCCCCCCACAAGGCCAGGGGUCUCCCAAGAGCCCCAGCAGCCAGCUGGGGCAGGCCGGAGAGGUGGGGAGCAGGGAAAGGUAGGGGUCAUGGAGCACAGAUGGACCCCCCCCACACACCUCCCUGACCUCCAGAGUCCCUGUCACCCAGCCCUCAGCGCCGAGUACAGCUCCCCAUGCCCUGCAACCCUAAGGCUUACUUCCCCUCUAUCGGGCGCUGGUCAGACCGCAGUUGGAGUACUGUGUGCAAUUCUGGGCGCCACACUUCAAGAAGGAUGCGGAUAACCUGGAGAGGGUCCAGAGAAGGGCCACUCGUAUGGUUAAGGGCCUACAGACCAAGCCCUACGAGGAGAGACUAGAGAACCUGGACCUUUUCAGCCUCCGCAAGAGAAGGUUGAGAGGCGACCUUGUGGCUGCCUAUAAGUUCAUCACGGGGGCACAGAAGGGAAUUGGUGAGGUUUUAUUCACCAAGGCACCCCCGGGGGUUACAAGAAACAAUGGCCACAAGCUAGCAGAGAACAGAUUUAGAUUGGACAUUAGGAAGAACUUCUUCACAGUUUGAGUGGCCAAGGUCUGGAACGGGCUCCCAAGGGAGGUGGUGCUCUCCCCUACCCUGGGGGUCUUCAAGAGGAGGUUAGAUGAGUAUCUAGCUGGGGUCAUCUAGACCCAGCACUCUUUCCUGCCUAUGCAGGGGGUCGGACUCGAUGAUCUAUUGAGGUCCCUUCCGACCCUAACAUCUAUGAAUCUAUGAAAAGCUGCCUUUUCAGUUCUUUCCCCCCACCAAACCCAGACUCCCCAAGACCCCACCUCCAUUAGCACCAGGGUAGCAAACACCACCCCAGCACCAGCCACAUCUGAAUGCUGGGUGAGGGGGCCUUUUAUACCCAGCCCCUGAGGUCUGAGGGGGCAAGAGAUGUGGGCAAGGGGCUGGGGGGCAUUGAGCCAGGCAGGUGUGGGGGGCUGAAGCAAAUGUACAGGUGGGGGAUGGCUGCGGGGGUCACUAGAGCGUGGACUCCAUGGCUUUGCCCACCCGCUCCUCCUCCACCUGCUCCCCAGCAGCCCCUCCAGGAUGCCUCAGCCCUGUGUACCCACAGCCAUCCGUGGCUGCCUAGUUGCCGGGGGUCACAGUGCAUGGUCCGGUACAGCCUCAUGUUCUGUGGGAGGCAAGGAUUGGGGCUGGUGGGUUAGAGCGUGGGGGACUGGCAGCCCAAUGCCUGGGUUUCUCCUGGCCCCUGCAAAUUGCACUGGGGGGAGGGGGGAUGUCUCUGAUGUCUUCUGGUACAAAUGGGAGGUUUGGCCAGGGUGGUUUCUGGGGAUGCCUGGUGCUAUGGCUCACGGCAAGGUCAUGAGUUUCCCCCUGCACCAGAGAGCUGAGGGCAGUGGGCACAAUACCCCCAGUGCUAGCAUCCUGCCCUGACUCCUGUCUCCCACACCAUGGGACCCCAAUACGAGCCCCUGAAGACCUUCCUCCUCCUCCUCCUCCUUCUCCUCCUCCCUACUUGCCUUUCUCCCUUCCCAGUUGGGCGCUGGGCCCCAAACAGCCCCUGCAGCAGCUCUGUGAAGCACUGGUUCAGCCUGUGCCACUCGACUUCUGUGCCCUGGUCCAGGGCGAGGGGUGGACAUGGCUGGGAGCCCGAACACAUGUGUUCUUGCCGAGCUUUGCCAGGGGAGUGGGGCUGGCGUGUUAGAGCAGGGGCAGGGCGCUCCUUAAGCCAGCUGGCACUGUACCUGUUCAGCUGCACCCCCCCACCCCCACUCACAGUCCAAGGGUGCCAGGGAAGGGCAGGGGGGCUGGAAUGGGGGACCCUGAGUGAGCUCUCCACUCUGGGAGUGGUGUGGGGGCCAGGGCAUGUAACAGGGGAGCUGGGAUCCUGAGCCCCCGGGUUCUCUCCCUGCUUUCGGGGGGGGGGCUCUGGGACUGAGGUGUGACUGACUCUGACGUGAGGCAUGCAGGUUUGGGUAGACAGAGCUCCCUUGCCCAGCACUGAGAUGUGGCUGCUUGUGGGGUGGGGUGCUGUAUCGCCAACCUACCCCCCACAGCCAGCUCGGAGAGAUCAUGCCUGUCCCAAAGAAACCAAGAAAGAUCAUGCUGCCCGGAGUGGGAGCCAGGACGCCUGGGCUCCAUCUCCGCAUAGACUCAAGUGUGUCAGAGCAGGUGGGGAGCACCAAAAUGCCUGGAUGGAUGCCACCCCAGCUCAAUCCAGCAAUACUCCUCCAUCCCACAGCAGGAGAAGGAACCCAGGUGUCUGAGCUCUCCUUAAGCCAGCUGGCACUGUGCCCACACAGAUGCCCUCCUCCCACCCACCCCCUGGACCCUCCUUAUGAUCAAAGGGUGUCAGGCUGCAGGGGUGAGGUGCCAGGCUGCAGUGCCAGCUGGUGAGGUGAUAAGGAGACAGGGCUGGGAUAGGAGCUAAUGAGUAACCCCCACAGAGCAGGAUCUGGGGGUUAUAAAAACCACCAAGCCCUGCACAGCCCAGGCAGCAAUGAAGUGGCAGUGGCAGGUGCUGGGGGCAGUCUGUGGGGGAGCUUUGCUGCUGGGGGCUGGGAUCCUGCUGGGGCACUUUGCUGUGCCCCAGGCGGGGGGUGGGAGAGACCCUCCGAACUGGCUACAGGAUGCGAGCCGAGACCUGGAUGAGAAGCUGAUACAGGACUUCAUGGGGCAGGUGGAUAGCGCCCGGAUCCGGGAGAACCUGCGGGUCCUGGCUUCGAGGCCCCACCUGGCAACAACCCCAGGGGACAAGGCGCUGGUGCAGCUGCUGCGUCAGCGCUGGCAGGACCCACAGACGGGGCUGGAUGGUGUUGCUGAGGGCACCUACGAUGUCUUUCUUUCCUUCCCUGACCCCACGCAUCCCAACAGUGUGGCUGUGGUGCUGAAUGGGUCCCGGCUCUUCGAGGCCCGGCGUAGCGAGAAGGUCCUGACCCCGGACCAGGCCCAGGAGGACGUGGUCCCACCCUACGCUGCAUAUGCACCAUCGGGGAGCCCCCAGGGCCGGCUGGUCUUUGCCCACCAGGGCACCCGCAGCGACUAUGAGACCCUGGUGGGACUCGGCCUGGACCUCAACGGCACCAUCGCUAUCGUUCGCUAUGGGGGUGCUGGGCGGGCCACCAAGGCAGUGGUGGGGGCUGAGUUCGGCGUGGCUGGCCUGAUCGUGUACACGGACCCCAAGGACAUCAAUGAUGGGCGGGCAGGCGAGAAUGACACCUACCCCAACUCCUGGCAUCUGCCCCCCUCGGGUGUUGAGCGCGGGUCCUACACCGAGAGCUUUGGGGACCUGCUGACGCCCUACUACCCUGCUAAAGAAUUCACCUACCGGAUCAACGAGUCAGAGAUUCAGGGGAUUCCCCCAAUCCCCACCCAGCCCAUUGGCUUUGAGGAUGCCCGCACCCUCAUCUGCUCCCUGGCUGGUCCAGAGGCCCCCGCAGCCUGGCAGGGUGCCCUGGGCUGCACCUACUGCAUUGGCCCGGGCUUCCGGAUGGACGGGCAGUUCCCCAGCUCCAGUGAGGUCCAGGUCAGUGUCUACAACCAGCGGGUCAUCGAGAAGUCGGCCAAUGUGAUGGGUUUUAUCCGAGGCAGCCAGGAGCCCGACAGGUAUGUGCUCUAUGGGAACCACCGGGACAGCUGGGUGCAUGGGGCCGUGGACCCUGGGAGCGGGACGGCUGUCAUGCUGGAGAUCACACGUGUGCUGGGCAAGAUGCUCAAGGAAGGGACAUGGCGCCCAAGAAGAUCCAUCAUUUUUGGCAGCUGGGGGGCAGAGGAGUUUGGUCUGAUUGGCUCAACUGAGUACACAGAGGAGUUCUCCAGCAAGCUGCAGGCACGAAGCGUGGCCUACAUCAAUGUGGACAUCUCCGUCUUUGCUAAUGCCACCCUCCGAGGCCAGGGGACCCCUCCUGCCCAGAGCGUCAUCUUCACAGCUGCCAAGCAGGUUCCAGCCCCGGGCAGCGGCACUGGGUCAGUCUAUGAUAACUGGAGGCAUCAUACCAACCGAAGCAGCCCCGCCUAUGGGGUCGUCCCCAGCCUGGGGUCGCUGGGUGCCGGCAGUGACUAUGCCUCCUUCAUCCACUACCUGGGCAUCACUUCCAUGGACCUCGCCUACACCUAUGACCGGAGCCAGACCUCAGCCCGGAUCUACCCUGCCUACCACACGGCCUUCGAUACCUUCGACUAUACCGACAGGUUCAUUGACCCAGGGUUCACCAGCCACCAGGCCGUGGCACGGACAGCUGGGAACGUGCUGCUGCGUCUGGCCGACAGCCUGGUCCUGCCUCUCAAUGUCAGCGACUACGGGGAGGCUCUGGAGGGGCUGUACAGUGUGGCUGCCGAGGGGCAGGUGCAAGCUGACCUCGCAGCCCACAACAUCUCCCUUGCCCCGCUGAAAGCCGCUAUCGAUCAGUUCAAGGCCAUCGCCUCUGACUUCAACCAGCGGGUAAUGAAGCUCAAGGAAGAGUCGUCUCCUAAUCCCCUGGAGGUCCGGAUGGUGAAUGACCAGAUCAUGCUACUGGAAAGGGCCUUCCUGGAUCCCCGGGCUUUCCCCAGCAAGUACUACUACAGCCACGUGCUGUGGACACCACGGGCCGCAGGUGUCCCCACCUUCCCAGGCCUAGCUGAGGCCCAUGCGGCAAGGGACUGGGAUGCCGUCCGCAAGCACCUGAGCAUCGCCACACAGGCCGUGGAGAGUGCGGCCUCCACCCUGGAGCCCCCGGCCUAAGCCCCAGCACCCUCUUCCUCCCCACCCAGGGGCAAUUAACCCCCACAGAUAACGAUCCUGCCCACCAACCCCACAAAAAGGGCAAUAACCCCCCCAGUUAAAGCCCCUAGCUUUCUCCCCUGGUAGUAAAGCACUGGUAAAGAGCAGCCACUGCCUCUGUUUGUUCCUGCAGCCCGGCUAAGGGGAGAGGUCGCCACCUUGAAGCCUCUACCAUGGUGCAGGGCCCCAGAGCCACAGCCCAGACACCUGGGUCCUCCCCUUGGGUCUGAGACCUGGGAGGAGGGGUUAGAGUUAAAGACCCCCAUCCACCCCAUUCCCCCGCCAUGCCCCUCCACCCCUGCAUGCCUGUUCUCCUUCAUCCAGCAGCCCCCUUUCCCCACCCUAUUGCUUCCCCUAUGUGAAAUGAACCCGGAGUGGUUAGGCAUCAGUAUUGUAUAGUACGCAUAGCCUUAUCCCCUUAGCUGUGUGUGAGAGCUUGGUGUGGAUGCAUCUCUUGGAUCGGACUGGGAGAGACCUGUCAAGGAAACCCAGCAGGAAAGGGAGGAAGGGCUCAAGGGAAGCCCCUUCUCCUCAAAUACAUGGAGGUUGUUAAGAGACAGAGUCGGGGUCCAGAAAGACCCAGAAACUCCAGGCACCAAAACUGCAGCAGGGAGCUGAAAGGAUCAGGCCCAAGCUCUGCUGGCUGCAGGGCUCUGCAUUGUUUCCACCAUGACAAUAAUCAUUGCCGUGCUUAAAGAAGGUGGUCUGGUCCCCAUGCACUGAUGGGCACAGAUCCCCAGGGGAAGACAACCGGGGUAGCACAUUCUUGCAUAGGUUUUGUGGAGAGGGGUAAGAAACACCACCCAUCCCAAGGGACUAUCCCAGGCGUGUGGGGUGGUGGCGCAGGGUCAACAGCAGUGCAGACCCCUCCAUGAGCCAGCUGUGCUGUGGCAAGUGGGGACUUGGCCAGGUGUGGCCAGGCAGAUCUCAGGGCUCUUCUCCCAUGUCCCUUCAACCCCAGCUGGGGAUAGCCACAGACCACUUCCCCCCAGCUCCUGCCCUGUCCGUGUGCUCCAGAUUGCCUACCAACCCGCAGCCCUCGCAGAGGGAGUUGGAGGCAUGGCUCUGUCCCUGGUCAUCAUCAGAUAGGGCUGUCUUUGGCCCAGGAUAGCUCAGCACAGAGGCCGUUGUCUCCUGCAGCAGCCACAGACAGCAUCUCUGUGACCUUCUGGACACCACCUCUUGCUACGUGGGGCCAUGAGUGCUCACCUGGGGACCAACGCCUGUUCCCACCCAUGCGGCUGCCCCUGUCAGCCUUCCCAAAGGGAAACAGCAGGACAGUGUGUCCCAGGGCAUCAGGGGAAGGCUUUUAAAAAUCCAAAGGCCCUCAUGCACAUGAUGUCCCCAGGAUCGGUGCUGGCACAAAAGGCCAGGGGACAGACUCUGCCUUGGCAUGUCCGAACUGACCUGCAGUGGUCCAGCUGGGCCCUGUGGUCAAGGCGCAAUGGGGGAGUUUGGGGUUGAAGGGAUCACAGAGAAGGGGGUUAUUUUGUGGUAAAAUAAAUAAUGUUGUUUAUGAGGCUAUUUUUUCAA